CGCUACGGUACUCUACAGGGCAAUAAGCUAUGAGAACCGCUAUUUCAGCACAAGCCUCGAGGGCCAGCCAGGCUGCCAAGUGUGCCUCGGCUCUUGGGCACACGGCUGAGAGCACAGGGUUGACACCAAAGCAGGAAGCUUCAGAAGGAGAGUGGUACGGGGAGGCCAGGCCAGGCCCAGAACAGGGGCCUCCCAGAGCACUGGAAUCUCUUGACCUUGGCAAAAACAAGGAUGCUGGGGAGACACCUGGAGAUGCCUCUUGGACCCUGGUCAUUUGUGAGGAAACUGGAGGGCAGAAUGACCCUGAGAACUGUGUACCCAAGCCAGAUGUCACUCUGAACACAGGCUCUGCGGCAGAGGGAAGAAGCCACUGGACAGGGCGGCCCUAUCUGUGUGACACCUGCAACCGGAGUUUCAAGUGCUACUCAGAUGUGGUCAAACACCAGAGCAUCCACUCUGGGGGCAAGCCGUUUGAGUGCAGUGACUGUGGGAGGGCCUUCAUCCAUAGCUCGCACGUUGUCAGGCACCAGAGGGUCCACAGUGGGGAGAAGCCCUAUGUGUGUACGGAGUGCGGGAAGGCCUUCAGCCAGAGCUUCAACCUCAUUCGACACCAGAGGGUUCACACAGGAGAAAAGCCUUACCAAUGUGGUGAAUGUGGCAAGUCCUUCAGCCAGAGGUCAGACGCAGUCAAGCACCAGAGAGCACACACCGGGGAGCGGCUGUACGCUUGUGGCGAGUGUGGGAAGACCUUUGUCCACAGCUCCAACGUGGUCCGGCACCAGAGGAUUCACCACGGGGAGAACCCCUAUGAGUGCAAGGAGUGUGGGAAGGCCUUUGGCCAGAGCUCCAACCUCAUCCAGCAUCAGAGAGUGCACACUGGGGAGCGGCCCUACACCUGCGGCGACUGCGGCCGCGCCUUCAGCCGCAGCUCCUUCCUCAGCGAGCACCGCAGGAUCCACACAGGAGAGCGACCCUACCAGUGCAGCCACUGCGGCCGCGCCUUCCGGGCCCUGUCGGGCUUUUUCCGGCAUCAGAGGAUCCACACGGGCGAGAAGCCCUUCCGCUGCACCGCGUGUGGCAAGGCCUUCCGCCUCAGCUUCCACCUGAUCCAGCACCGGCGGGUGCACAGCCCGGAGUGAGCCCAGCUGCUGGGUUGUGGCCAAGGGUGGGAGAGGUCUGUACCCGGCCUCGCAGCACGGAAGCAAUA